AUGGUCUCUCGAACGGAGGAUGUGAACAUCCGGAUGACACGGGCGCUUAAUAUGAGCGGAGACGUUUGGAACUACAUCACGCUGUACUCUACGAUAAAUUCUCUGGGCAAGAAGAAUACGGCCGUACGAAAGGCCCCAGGUCCCGAAGAAGAAUCGAUCAGUAUACCUGGAAGUAUCCUCUGGCUAGUGGCGACAAGGUCCUUGGAGGAGAAGGUUAAUUACGUAGCUUCGAAGGGAAAGAGGGUUUUCAUGGAUCGCGCGAGAAAUUCGGAGCAACAUCGCAUGUACGAAUCCCUGGCUGAGACCUUUCCAGACUAUACGAUCGGAUACGAGCAAAGGCUUUAUGAGUUUGCGGCCAAGACGAAUUGA